AUGUGUGGGCUUCAGACUGAGUGUAACCACCAGGAGUCGGCUCUAUGUGUGGGGCUUCAGACUGAGUGUAACCACCAGGAGUCAGCUCUAUGUGUGGGGCUUCAAACAGAGUGUAACCACCAGGAGUCGGCUCUAUGUGUGGGGCUUCAGACUGAGUGUAACCACCAGGAGUCAGCUCUAUGUGUGGGGCUUCAAACAGAGUGUAACCACCAGGAGUCGGCUCGAUGUGUGGGGCUUCAGACAGAGUGUAACCACCAGGAGUCAGCUCUAUGUGUGGGGCUUCAGACUGAGUGUAACCACCAGGAGUCAGCUCUAUGUGUGGGGCUUCAGACUGAGUGUAACCACCAGGAGUCAGCUCUAUGUGUGGGGCUUCAGACUGAGUGUAACCACCAGGAGUCGGCUCGAUGUGUAGGGCUUCAGAUAGAGUGUAACCACCAGGAGUCAGCUCGAUGUGUGGGGCUUCAAACAGUGUAA